AUGGCGGUUCCCUCUCGACGACACCUCCAGGUUCUGGUCCACGGCGGCGGCGUCUGCGCGGGACGGGGCGAACGACAACAAGCGUCUCCCGACGGCGCCUCCACCUAUCUGGGAAAGCCUCGAGGAGACAUGGAUGGGUUGCCCAGAGAGUUGUGCCUCAAGAUCUUCCACCUCCUGGAUCACCAGUCCCUCGCCUCUUCUCCCCAAGGUCUGACGCGCUCCCUAAAAUUGUGGCAUCCCAAUACGGAAUUGGAAGCGCCGGUGAUUGCAAUUGCAAUUGCUCUGCCUCUUUUUUUCCUUUUUCAAGAACGGAAUUUCAGUGAUGAUGAAAUCAACAUAAAUAAGGUGCUAGCUUCUCAAACUUUUUUCUCUAAGCUGUUCAAUGACAGGUGGGGAGCGGACGCCGCAGCGUUCUACGCGCCGGAGGGAUCCAAGUCUUGGAAGGACGUCUUCGCCGUGCAGGACCGGUGCGACCGAUACGGACUGGGUGUCAGGAUCAUCAGGGAAGGGAAGAACUACUACCUGAUCUACCAGGGCGAGAUCCAGAGGUACUUGGACAACCAGAAAUUUGCCAUGACCUCGUUCCUGACCAAGAAAAACUGUCAAGCACAGUUGAUAUAUUGGGAUUCCAAGGUAUCAGAGGCUGAUAUGGAUGCAAUGUGGAAACAUCCUGAUGUGUAUAAGGAGUGGAUAAAAUCUGGUGAGAGACGUGGAAAUGUACGAUUCUCCCAUGAUGCAAAGAACAGGCCUUACCUUUCUCGCGUCGAGGUGAAGAUAAGGUUUUGCAUGAGUUAA